AGUUUUUGGUCUGUUUUGGGUCUGCUUCAUGAAAGGGGGUUGUCCUGUGAACGUCCGGAGCCGCCCACAGAGCUGUCUGACUGCCAGAUGUACAAUAUUUCUCCGCUGACCCCCUUUCUACUUUACAUCUGGUACUAUACGAAAAGAUCCAGAAACUUAGUUAACUACAGGGCAGCAAAUGUCUAGUUGUUUUUUAUGUUUGUGCUCCGGAGAACUGGGCUGAGAAUAAACUACGUUGAGAAGAAUCUGCUGGCAGCACAGAACGUUUGUUGCUUUGUUUGUUGGGUUGUUUCAUAGAAGCUUGAAGAAGUCUAAAAUGAAGAAGCACAAAGCAAAGAAUAUCAGCAAAGCUGUCAGAUCCACUGGGUGGAUUAUGGGCACUACUGCUAGUGCAGGGUCCCAGCCUGCAUCAGUGACUCCCACACACCACAUCGAUCACCAAGCCUGUGACAUUGCUGAAGACAAACGCUCCAUGAGCAGCAGCUCUUCACAGGCGCUGAACAUUCCCAACACCAAGGCUAAGUCCAUUAUCCCUAACAAAGUGGCCCCUGUUGUCAUCACGUAUAACUGCCGGGAAGAGUUUCAGAUUCAUGACAGUAUCCUCUCCGCUAACUACUUGGUGGGAAAAAUAUCUGAUACUUUACCUGAGCAUUACUUAGUACUGGGGGAGUUUUUUAUGGUCCAGGAUGUUAACACUAGAGCAGAUGUCUUAAACACUACAGGAAGCUACGGGGCCCCUAACUUCCGGAAAGCUAAGGAAAACUACCCUCUGUUCGGAAUGGGCCAAGCCAGUCUGAAUGGCUUCGAACAGCUCCUCCAGAGGCUAGAGAGAGAAGAUCAUGAGGAAGUGAUAUUUUUCUCUGUGCGGGAAGAGCCGGUUGUUUUCCUGCGUGUGGAUAAAGACUAUAUUCCAUACACUCCCAGGAGGAAAGAAAACCUCCAUGAGAACCUACAUGACAUGAGAAGUGUGGCCAGUGCAGAGAAGCUGGAGCUCUCCAUCAGAAAAGAGCUUUGUGACUUUGCUAAACUCAAUGAGAACAUCAUCUACGUUUAUAAUGACAUUGAAAACUUUAAAGAUGAGCCACAACAUGUAAGGAUUGUGUCUGAGGAGGACAUACAUGUAACCGAGGAAGUUUACAAAAGACCACAGUUCAGUUACACUUCUUACAGAUAUUACAGACUUUGUCUUCCUAUGGAGGGGACACCAAUGGAGGAAGAAUUUGAUGCAUUUGUAAAUGUGCUUAGGAAAAGUCCCAGCUUGUCAAUAUUGCGCGAUUGCUCCAGGCCAUUGCCUGCAAUGUUGUUUAGCUGUCAGGUGGGAGUGGGUCGAACCAACCUUGGGCUUAUUCUAGGUGCACUAGUUUUUAGCCAUCUGCAAGGGGCACCAUAUAGCUGGGAAGAGGAUGCACCAGUCAAGCAACAAGCAGAGUUUCAAGUCAUUCAGAAUCUGACCAGUCGGCUUCCUAAAGGUCAACAAGUGCUUGAUGAGGUCAAUAGAGCUAUUGAAAUGUGUUCAGAAAUGCACAACAUUAAGGAUGCAAUAUAUGAAAAUAAAAGAAAAAUGGAAGCAAUUUGUGAGGAUUAUCAGAUUCAAGGGAGCAGUACAAAGGCCUAUUUCUUGCAAAAGACCAUGCAGAGUCUUGAGGCUUAUUUCUACUUAAUAGUGUUCGAUGCUUAUCUUCAUGAUCAGUAUCCUCAGAUGUUUGCCCAAAGUUUCAGUCAGUGGCUGUGUGUGAAUGCAUGGAUCUACAGACUACUUGGGAGUAUAAACCGUUCUGAGCUCUUAGCACCAGCCAGCCUUGUUACAGAUGGAACAAGGAUAUUGGUGGCUAGUGAGUUUUUGGCACCAGACUUACUUGGCACAGCCAAGGAAAUGAGGGUGGCCAACUUCAGACGAGUUCUUAAGACAACUGUGUAUGGCAUGGCCCAGCCAAGCUCAGAGGCUGUUUCUAUUGUGUUAUCUUACCUCAUGGAUGAACGACGAAGGCAUUCCAGCAUUGUAUGGGUGAAUCUGCAGGAAGAACUGAUUCUAGAAGCUAAUGGGCAGAUGUUUACAUCUCGAGAACCAGGCUGUCUGGAACAACCAAUCCAAGUCUAUGUGCAGAACCCACAACAACUUGAGAUGCUGGAGCUGGCACUAAAGGAGGAGGUUCUCAGGUGUGAGAAGUGGCUCGAGGUAGUUCUUGAACAGGAGAAGCAGAUGAGAAUGCUGAAAAGCUGUUAUACUGUUCAGGAAGUCUUUGCCAAUCAAAUGAGUGUCUAUCCAGGCCUCACAUAUCGACGUAUCCCUCUUACUGACUGUUGUGCUCCAAACGAGGAGUUUUUUGACCAGCUCUUAGAGGCUAUGAAGUGCAGUCUUGGUGAGGACCCCAACUCAGCUUUUAUCUUCAACUGUAGUGAUGGGAAAGACCGAACCACCACUGCCAUGGUCAUUGCCACACUUACUCUCUGGCACUUCAACGGUUUUCCUGAUUGUGUGGAAGAAGAAAUUGUAAGUGUACCGGAUGCAAAGUACACAAAAGGAGAGUUUGAGGUGGUGAUGCAGGUGGUCAGACUGCUACCUGAUGGUCCUCGUAUGAAAAGAGAGGUGGACAUGGCCCUAGAUGUCGUCAGUGAGACAAUGACUCCCAUGCAUUACCACUUACGGGAGAUUGUUAUAUGCUCGUAUAAACAGAUCAAAAAAGCAAAAUCAGAAACUGAUUUGCAGCAGUUACGUCUGAGAAGCCUGCAGUACCUGGAGCGCUAUAUUUACCUCAUCCUAUUCAACAGCUACCUCCACCUGGAGAAGAAAGACUCUUGGAGACGAUCGUUCAGCCAGUGGAUGCAUCAGGUGGCAGCACAUGCCGGCAUCUAUGAGAUCCUCAACCAGCUGGGUUUCCCUGAGUUUGAGGCACCUAAAAGUUGUCUACUGUCCAAACUACGCUACCGCUGGAGACAAUAUAGUGCCUAUUUACUGCCAAUCCGUGGAGAGCUCAUCUAACAGAAUGCUAGCUUUUAAUAGAGGAUUGAAAUUUGUUUUGAGGGCUGUUUAUUGUUACUAUUCAGAACACUAUUUGGGGUGUGAUGAGCACUUACUUAGUGACUUUUGGCUUUGCACUUUUUGCUAGUGCAAAGCCAACACCACCAUGGUAACACUUGAGCAAAAGAAAGGCCCCUAACCCCUUAACUGCUCAACUUAAGUUUAAGUCACAUUGGAUGAAAACACCUAUGAUAUUUACAGAUGUAAAUGAUUAUUCACAGCACUGAUUAUUCCUGUGUAUGAAACUGAAUUAAACUUUAGAAGUUGUGUAAA